AUGAGCAAGGCGGACGAGGCCACCACCUGCGGCAUCACGCUCCCGCAGGCUGCAGACUCCACGCCUAAGAGCCCUGCAGCCAGCAGCACGCCCCAGGCCCUGGCGCCAGCCGUGCCCCUCGCGGGGGAGCCCCGGCAGAGACACAGACCCGGACCCUCCCCGGCCUCUUCAGCUCCCGUGGGCAACAAGGACCCGGAGAAGAAAAUUCUCGCCACCAAAGUCCUGGGCACUGUCAAAUGGUUCAACAUCAGAAAUGGAUAUGGAUUUAUAAACCGAAAUGACACCAAAGAAGAUGUGUUUAUACACCAGACUGCCAUCAAGAAGAAUAAUCCACGCAAGUAUCUGCGCAGUGUGGGGGAGGGAGAAAUUGUAGAGUUUGAUGUGGUUGUAGGAAAAGGGGGUCCUAAAACAACAAAUGUGACUGGCCCAGAUGGAGUUCCAGUAGAAGAGAGCUGCUAUGCUGUGCGCUGUAGACCUCCCAAUAAUGCUGGUGAGAUUAGACAGAUGAAAGAUAGAGUCCCCAAGAAAACACAACUCCUGGUCCAUCGGAAUCCAACCUACCUCCCGAGGUUCUGCAGGAGACCCGCUCAUCCACACACGAGCCCAUAUAGUUCCCUACAGGUGGUAGAGCCAGCUACAGGAGGAUGUCCUGUGGUGCACUUUGAGAAUGACUUUCCUGUGGAGAAAUAUGUGGUGGACAUACUUGUUGUGGAGAGUAAACACAUGUCCUUGUGGUGA